AUGGCUGGCGGAGACAAUACUGAACCUGAACGUGCUGUGGUUCUCUGUCCCCAUCCCUUUCCUGUUGUCCUGGGACCAGGCCAGCCGUGUGACUGCCUCCCUCCCCUGCGGGCGGCAGCGGAGCAGCUUAGGCAGAAGGACCUGAAGAUUGCCCAGCUGCAAGCUGAUCUCCGACGCCCACCUCCUGCCCCGGCCCAGCCCCCAGAGCCUGAGGCCCUGCCUACCAUCUAUGUUGUCACCCCGACCUAUGCCAGGCUGGUGCAGAAGGCAGAGCUGGUCCGCCUGUCCCAGACCCUGAGCCUGGUACCUCGGCUGCACUGGCUGCUGGUGGAGGAUGCUGAGGGCCCCAGCCCGCUAGUCUCGGGGCUGCUGGCUGCCUCUGGUCUCCUGUUUACACACCUGGCUGUCCUCACCCCCAAGGCCCAGCGCCUUCGAGAGGGUGAACCUGGCUGGGUCCGGCCCCGUGGCGUGGAACAGCGGAACAAGGCCCUGGACUGGCUUCGGGGUGGCGGGGGUGCCGUAGGCGGGGAGAAGGACCCACCCCCACCGGGGACCCGAGGAGUGGUGUACUUUGCGGAUGACGACAACACAUACAGCCGGGAGCUCUUUGAGGAGAUGCGCUGGACCCAUGGCGUCUCAGUGUGGCCCGUGGGACUGGUUGGUGGCCUGAGGUUCGAGGGCCCUAGGGUGCAGGACGGCCGGGUCGUGGGCUUCCAUACGGCAUGGGAGCCUACCAGGCCCUUCCCCAUGGACAUGGCAGGGUUCGCGGUCGCUCUGCCCUUGCUGUCGGCUAAGCCCCACGCCCAGUUUGAUGGCUUGGCUCCCCGGGGCCACCUGGAGAGCAGUCUCUUGAGCCACCUGGUCUCGGAGCCCAGGGACCUGGAGCCACGGGCUGCCAACUGUACUCGGGUGCUGGUGUGGCACACUCGGACGGAGAAGCCCAAGAUGAAGCAGGAAGAGCAGCUGCAGCGGCAGGGCCGGGGCUCCGACCCAGCCAUCGAAGUGUGACGGCGGCCAUCACACCCUGACCACCACCUUGUCACAGGCAUGGACCUUGUGGGACCGACCGGGCGUCCCCCGGCUUACCCAGGAUAUGGUUUUCCAAGUCCGGACCCCUCAGAGCCAGGGGCAGCCUCUGCCCCUCCAGAGCUCAGGGCGUGGCCCAGCUGCUUCUCCUAUUGCAUUCCUCGCCCUCCUCCCCCCUCCCCCUGCCACGUGGUGCUGCCCGCAGGCUGGGGACAAUUGGCCCUUGUGUUGAGCCAAGUCAGCCUUAUGGGUCCAGCAGGACAGACAGACAGACUCAGGAGGUUGGGCCGCUGAGGAACUGGGUGUAACUUAUUGGGGCUGGGCAUGUGCUGGGAGGGGGCUGGAGGAGCCGGGCUGGACCCUCCCACCUCAGCAUGCUGCCCCCUUCUCCUACCUCCGGAAUAAAGACCCCCACCCCCCGAAAUCCA